UGUAGUGGACCACAGACAGACAUCAGAGAGGUACCAGUGGAGACACAUAUCAAAGCAACUACUCAACUACUAGUAAUCAUACAGUAGAUAUUACCAUUAGGAGUCAGUUAGAAAGGUAAUCAUAAGUAAGUUAAUACUAUAUGUAAAUGCUACAAUAAUUUAUAUUACAAUAAGAAGUCAGACAGACUGAAUUUGAAGUUGAUUCAUUGAUUGAUUGGGGUAAUCAUUGAUAUUCGGUACGGUUAGUUAAGAUGGCAAACUACGUCAACAAACAGGUGAUUGAAUUAAAUGAAGUUACUGAAGGAAACAGGAACAAAGCAACGAGGAGCGUGACGAGUGAAACCCAACUCUCAGAUGGAAGACUAAGAGUCUACAGGCUGGCUGCUGUGUGUUUAGGAGUGCUGUGUGUUCUACAAGUCACCCUCAACAUCUCCCUGAGACUGGCUUUCUCUGGCUAUAACGAAAAGAGGAACCAGUUAGAGAACUGUUACAACACCACUGGUCUGGUGCAAGACAGAAACCAGCCAGAUACCAGUAGUGGUAUCAUUGACCUAUGUACAGACAGAGACCAGCUGCAGAAGGAGAGAGACCAGUGUCAGACGAACAUGAACCAGCUAGAGAGGGAGAGAGACCAGUUACUGAGGGGCAGAGACCAGUCAGUUACCAGUAGUGGUAUCAUUGACCUGUGUACAGACAGAGACCAGUUGCAGGAGGAGAUAGACCAGUCUAAAAAUAACAUGAACCAGCUAGAGAUGGAGAGAAACCAGUUAUUGAGGGACAGAGACCAGGCAGAGAAUACAGAUAACAAAAACCAGUUACAGGAGCGUUAUAAUGCCCUGACUAGAGACAGGGACAUUUUGAGAAACAGGGUCAGCGUUCUGACCAAUGAGAAGGUGGCGCUGGAGAAGAGGCUCUCUGUGAGUGGGAUAAACAUUUGUCAGAAAAUCAGAAAAACUUGUCCAGACAGUUGGAGGCUGUGGAGAUCCAGGUGUUACUUCCUGUCUACUGAGAUGAAAACCUGGGAAGAGAGCAGACUGGACUGUCUGAACAGAGGAGCAAACCUGGUGAUCAUAAACAGCAAGGAGGAACAGGAGUUUCUCUUUGGCCUCAAUAAGGGAGCCUGGAUUGGUCUGUCUGACUCUGUUACUGAAGGGACCUGGAAAUGGGUGGAUGGCACACCACUGACCACCCCAAGUUACUGGUACUCACAGCAGCCUGAUAAUGGUGGUGACGACCUAGCAAAUGGGGAGGAGGACUGUGUUGAGCUGAACACGGAAACAUGGCGUCCUGUAAAGGCAUGGAAUGACCUGUCAUGUUUUAAUAAUCGUUACUGGAUCUGUGAGAAAAGGGUUUAACAUCACCAUGACAACAGAGGAGACUGGUGGGAGGGCAGGCGGGCUCAUUUUAAUUGCUGGAAUGCAAUUUAUGGACCGGUAUCAAACGCAUCAAACAUAUUUUAAACACGUUUGGCUCCGUUUCCUGAAUUCCAUUCCAUCCAUUACAAUGAGCCUGUCCUCCUACAGCUUCUCCCACCAGCCUCUUCUACAUGACACCAUACUGUAACACAGAUACAGAUACCUGCGCGGCCUAAAUGAAGUGGCUUGCACUCUUGGCCUCGCACGCUAGCAGUGAACAUUUGGCAGAAACAUAACACUGUGUCUCACAUCUUACUGCUUUCUUCAGUGCGCUGUGCUCUCCUCACACCAAAUAAUCAACACUUUUUAAUAUUCAUUCAAUGAAUUCGUGAUUGCAUUGUCAAAGAAAGCCCAGUUCGAGUGGCGUCAAUUUUCUCUAUAGUUUAAGAGUCUGUAGACAUACUGUAAUCUGUAAAAUAAUUGUAUUCGAUGUUUUUAAUAUAAACAUGUUAUGUGAUUUGCCAUAGGCUUGUGAUUUUUCCAUGAUCAAUUAUUACAUAAAUUGCUUUAAUAAGAAUAACUAAGGCACACAUGAAAAAAUAAAGGAAAAAUGUCCUUGUAAGGUC